CUCAUUUCUCGAUUUCAACGAUCAUGGAAUAUCUCUUCAUUACCAUCCUGUUACUUCUCGCUUCAUUUCUGUUCGCCUCUCACUUCCGCCGGAAAUUAUCAAACCUUCCGCCAACUCUCUUUCCAACCCUCCCUCUGAUCGGCCACCUCCACCUUUUAAAGAAACCUCUCUACAGGACCUUCGCCGCAAUCUCCGCUAAACAUGGACCCAUCCUCCUUCUCCGCUUUGGAUUCCGCCGGGUCCUGGUUGUCUCCUCCCGUUCAGCCUCCGAAGAAUGUUUCACUAAGAACGACAUCAUCUUCGCCAACCGCCCUCGUCUUCUUGCCGGAAAGAUUCUUGGCUCCAACUACACCAGCAUCGGCUGGUCAUCUUACGGCGACCACUGGCGCAACCUUCGCCGGAUCUCCACCAUCGAGAUCUUCUCCUCACACCGCCUAAACGACCUCCGUGACAUACGCGCCGACGAAGGAAGACUCAUGAUUCGUAGGUUGAUGUCUGAAUGUUCUUCACCUGUGAACUUUAAGUCAGUAUUCCACGAGAUGAAGCUUAACCUGAUGAUGAGGAUGAUAUCCGGGAAGAGGUAUUUCGGCGGAUCCGGUGAACUGGAGGAGGAAGGGAAACAGUUCCAGGAGAUGGUUAAGGAGACGGCUCUGGUUGCGGAUACUUCAAAUUUAGGGGAUCAUUUGCCCAUCAUGAGAUGGUUUGGAAUGAAAGGGUUGGAAAAGAAGAUGAUUAAGUUGCAGAAAAAGAGAGACGCAUUCUUUCAAGAGUUGAUCGAACAACAGCGAAAACUGGAUGGGAUUGAACUCGAAAACAAGAAGAACAACACAAUGAUUGAAGUUCUAUUACAGCUACAAAAAACUGAUCCGGAGUACUACACUGAUGAAAUUAUUACAAGCUUUUGCCUGAACCUGCUAACCGCUGGAACUGAUACUUCUGCCUCGACUUCGGAAUGGGCUCUUUCACUUUUACUCAACCAUCCACAUGUUAUAAAGAAGGCACAGAAGGAAAUCGACAAUCAUGUUGGGAAGAAUCGUCUUGUUAACGAAUCAGACAUGAGCAGCUUACCUUAUAUUCGUUGUAUUGUGAACGAGACUUUACGAAUGUAUCCUACAGUCCCACUCCUCGUACCUCACGAGUCAUCCGAAGAUUGUGUGGUCGGAGGCUUUCACAUCCCACGUGGGACCAUGCUACUCAUCAAUCAAUGGGCCAUACAUCGUGAUCCUGACCUCUGGAGUGACCCUGAAAGGUUUCAACCAGAAAGGUUCGAAAGUGUAGAGAGCACAAAAGAUGGGUUUAGGUUCAUGCCCUUCGGGUCUGGAAGGAGAAGUUGUCCUGGGGAAGGUUUGGCUAUGCGAAUGGUUUGCUUGACGAUAGGUUUGCUUAUACAGUGCUUUGACUGGGAAAGGAUAGGUGAAGAGAUGGUUGAUAUGAAAGAAGGUCUUGGUCUCACCAUGCCUAAGGCUCAAGCUUUGGUUGCGAAGUGUAGACCACGUCCGAUGACCCACGAUUUAAUAUCUGAUUAGGUUCCUCUCUUCGGGAAAUAGCUUUAAACAUGCAUGUAAAACUAGAAAACAGGUUUGGCUAGACACAUGGAAGUUAAAUAGCAUUAAAGUAUCUCUUGUAAUGCAAACAAAUGUAACGAAUUUAAAAUAGAAUUUGAUCGCUACAUUGCAUUA